AAUGGCUGAUGAUACCGCGGAUAUUCUCGCGGCAUUCUUUAUCUAUUGGCCUGCGACGAGGGAUAAACACCAAUAUUACAUUCGUUCAAGACGUUGAACCCGUCUCAAUUCGAGAGUUUCUUGGCGUUGUCGGUGCAACUGGACCGUGGAAUUCUCGAUGUUGAAUCAGACUUUUUUUAGAGAAAAAGAAACAGAAAACAAGCCUGAGCCCAACUGGAAGGAAGCCUAUUGCUUUAUUUCACAGAGUACAGGAAUCUUACACGUUGUCGGAUCCCUCUUGCGCGUCUUGCAACCUGGAAGUGUUUGGAGAAGUGCAGUACCUCUGGAGAUCUAUGGAUUGUUCAGCCUGGGAUGUGUUCUGUGCCUAACCAGGGAAAACAAAGAUUGAGAAGGGCUGUAUAAAUACCCUUUCAUCGUGGAGAGAUCGGAAGGAGGGAGCUCUGCAGUGUGAUGCUCGCUAUACGUUGAUUUACCUGACAGUGCUUGGGUUUCGGUGCCUCUUUUACAAGAACUGUGUGGCGAAACAUGGCGGAGACUGAGGAAGGCUUCGGGCUGCCAGCAACAACACACAGCGAGUCCGAGCCCAAGGAGCAUUCAUCUGAAAGUAAGCAGGACAGCCAGCUCGGAGCCGCCAGCAAACCUCCCUCCCCACAACAAGCCACAUAUACUCAACAGGGCAUGGAAGGAAUCAAGGUUUAUUUGCAUGAACGAGAGUUAUGGUUAAAAUUUCACGAAGUCGGGACUGAGAUGAUCAUUACUAAAGCAGGAAGGCGCAUGUUUCCUAGUUACAAAGUGAAGGUGACCGGGUUAAAUCCGAAGACAAAGUACAUCCUCCUCAUGGACAUUGUGCCAGCGGACGAUCACCGUUAUAAGUUCGCUGAUAAUAAAUGGUCUGUGACUGGGAAAGCAGAGCCUGCAAUGCCAGGCAGGUUGUACGUUCACCCAGAUUCACCUGCCACCGGGGCCCAUUGGAUGAGACAGUUAGUCUCCUUCCAAAAACUCAAACUUACCAAUAACCACCUCGAUCCCUUCGGGCACAUUAUCCUAAACUCGAUGCACAAAUACCAGCCCAGGUUGCAUAUUGUAAAGGCUGACGAAAAUAACGGCUUCGGCUCCAAAAACACCGCAUUCUGUACCCACGCUUUCUCUGAAACCGCCUUUAUCGCGGUGACGUCGUACCAGAACCACAAGAUUACUCAGCUCAAGAUCGAGAAUAACCCCUUUGCAAAGGGGUUUCGAGGGAGCGAUGACAUGGAGCUGCACAGGAUGUCCCGAAUGCAGAGUAAAGAAUACCCUGUGGUUCCCAGGAGCACAGUCAGACAACGCGUGGGGUCCACUGCGAGUCAGUUCAGUGGAGAGGUGCGAGUGCUGCCAGUGUCCAACAACCUGAGCUCCCAGUAUCAGUGCGAGAAUGGGGUUUCCAGUUCGACUCAGGAGCUUUUGCCUCCCAACCCAUACUCACUGUGCCAGGAGCAAAGCCCGCUGUACCACUGCACCAAGAGGAAAGCAGUGGAAGAAGAUUGCAACUCAACAGAACAUCCAUACAAGAAGUCAUAUCUAGAAAGCUCUCCUCCAGAGGAUGAUCCAUUCUACAGGUCCUCAAGUUACACCCAACAGCAAAGUCUUACUCCCUCCUAUAGGACUGACUCAGCACAAAGGCAAGCAUGCAUGUAUGCUGGCUCAACAACAGACACGGACCCUAGUUCCAGCCUCGAUGACAUUAAUUGUAACACUUGGGCCACCGUUCCCUCAUACAACAGCUGCACAGUGACUACAAUGCAACCCAUGGACAGACUGCCCUACCAACAUUUCUCAGCACAUUUCACAUCAGGCCCAUUAAUGCCUCGCAUUUCUGGAGUUACCAACCAUACGUCUCCACAGAUAGGAGACACCCACAACAUGUUUCAGCAUCAGAGCUCAGUUUCUCACCAGCCCAUAGUCCGGCCGUGCGCCCCUCAAGCUGGGAUCCAGUCUGCAAGCAAUCUUCAACCUGCUGACUACUUGUAUCCACAUGGCAUGUCAAGAACCCUCUCACCACAUCAAUACCACUCAGUACAUGGAGUGGGCAUAGUGCCCGAGUGGACUGAAAACAGUUAAUUCAAAGAACUCUCCAUUGAUCUGACAUACAUGAAUGUUUGCAUUUGUUGAAGUUGGACAUUGUUUCAAGCAAUAUUUAAAAACACCAAAACUAACUGUACUUUUCAAGUAACAAAUCUUUAUAAAAGAUAUAUAUAUAUUUGAAAUAUUCUUUCCUCUCCUCCACACAGAAGCACACACACACAUGCACAUGAACACUAUUUAUUUGAAUGAUAUUGAAACUAGUUAUUCACAAAAAACAAGAGUGAAGGGUUCCAUCUGGUGGAUGUUUCUCUGCACUGUAUAGUUAAUAUUUUGGAGUUGUUUCAAAAAACUGCAUGAUAGUUGUUGUACAAACAGAAGAAUCAUCAGCAAUAUGUAUGAAAUUUCCCCAUCCCUUUAAAUUUUGUUGUUGCUAUAAACUUAUGUGGUAUUGGUGAAGAGGCAUGGUCCAGAGUAAUUAGCACUGAAGGAUUUCUUCAUGCUGACACCUGCAUGCCCACACAUAUCACCGAAAGGAGGAAAUAUUUACCUCCAUCUCUUUGGGUAGUUAUCAUUACAUUUCUUUUAUAACUAUUUCAAAGUGUUACCAGUAGGGCCUAUAUAAACUAAGUCAAGCAAAAUGCUUAUGAGGCCUACUGAUUUGCAAAUUACAUUUUUUAUUUAAUAAUUAUAACUUUUUACUACACUUACAGCUUUAAUAUUUCCAAAUUAAGUACGAAUCGAAACAAACCUGAAGCGAUAUCAUAUACAUAGCAGUGAUGGUGGAGGGAAGGGUAUCAAUUCCUCCUACAUUGUUAAAGGAACAGUUAGCAAUACUGUGUGACUAAAAGCAUAAGUAGGAAUAUCACAUGACUAACACCUAAUUAAAUUCAUUUUUAUACAAGGUAAUGUCAAGAACACAAACAGGAAUGAAACUUAUCUAAAAGAGAACUUUGAAUUUCAGUACUCUUGAAAAAGUUCCACUAUUUAUCUUACCCCAGGUAAAGUGUGACAACAGCUAAGAACAGAAAUAAAUCCCAGAAUACAAUAAGAUAUUCAUUGUAGUCCAUCAAACCCAAAUGAUACCGAGGACACACUAAUGCUUCAGUGUGCAGGCAAAUGCUUUGUGCUUCAGAAACAAUUUAGAUUGGUGUUACUUGCUUUGUUCAUAGAAAAGAUUGGGGAACGUGGGACAAAGUGCUCCAUGAUAUCUGCUAGGCCUAUUUCCAGAUAUAUAAAGCAAUGAGACAACUCAACACAGGUACAUGCAAAAAUUAAUGGAUGUAAAUAAUGGAGAGCCCACAGACAUUCUUUGUUUCACAUACAGUAAAUGUUUUAUACAGAUAGCCAAUUACAGCUAUGUAUGUAUUAUAUUUUGUUCAUGUGACUCUUAGCAUCAAAGUUUAGUCUCCACUUUUGAGCAAUACUGGUGUUUACAUCAUAAGGCAAAGGAUAAUAUUUUAAAUUAUGUAUCAAGCAAUAACUAACUGUUUAUUCAACAUGAACAAAGUGCUGAAAUUGCUUGUAUUAAUUAUUAGUGUUUUUUUUUGGUCAAUAGUAUUUAUUGUUGGACAACCUAAAAGUGCUUGUUUUUGGAGUAUUAAGAAUGAUUUAUUGUUAGAGAAAAGUUGUUAUUGAAAUGUGGUUGAAAGUUCUUUGGUGUAUAAAAGAGAGGAAUCAAUUAUGCUUCAUUGUAAAUAAAACAAGUGUAUAUACUGAAAUGAGAUAACUUCAAAUACUAUAUUUGAGUGACUUACCUUUUCUCUGGCAUCUUGUUCUAAAUCUCUAUCCAUACAAAUAGGGGUUUGUGAAGAAUGGGUUAACUAAGUCAAAUACUCAUACCUGUAAAAUAUUGUAAAGAUCAAGGCUCAUGAUCUCAAACAUGUAUAGAAAAUAUAGUGAAAUCAUUUUCAUUACAUUAAAUGCAGUUAACAUGCAAA